AUGGGCCCAACGACGCUUCCGGAAGACCUCGGGCUGGGGGUCGACCGUGAAGCGUCCAGCCACAGCGUCGAGUCACCCCCAUCGCCAACACAUCACCAACAGCUAGACCCAUGCAAGAGGUCUAUGCUGUCGUCUCUGCCCAGCGGAACGUGGCCGCAGAGUCAUUUGGCGGAACCUGGACCCUUCGGAGGAAAGGGGACACAGGGAGAAAUCCCACAGGCAGCCUGGCUGCUUGAGACCCCCAACAAGUUAACGCUCAGGAAGGCGUCUCACUUUAUCCUGGGAAACCAGAUACACAAACGCCGCCUCACACGCGGCAUGCUUGAGACGUGGUCACCACCUGACUUGUCAGGGCUCGGUCCAGGCUCUCAUCACGUGAUCACAGCCGUAGGCUAA